UACUUUCACUUUUUUGAUCUCCUUCCUGUCUCUAAAUUAAGCACCAGGCUUGUUUUAAUUUUAACGUGGGUGAAUGUUGUAGAUAAGGUUUAGUUUCUUUUGGAAAUUUAUAAUUUUUUUUGUUCUAUCUGUAAGUUUGUGGUUUCUUUUUACUGUUGCAGCUUUACUGACAUAAAGAUGAAAAAAAGCUAGAUGCAACAGACUAUAGUUAGAAGUACAUAGACUUCAUCAUCAUAAUAAAUGGAUUUUAGUCUUUUUGUGUGAACUCAUAGGAAUAUCCAGAUUACCCACCGAAUUCCAGUCAAACUAUUAUUUAUUUUUGUUUGCUUUUAAAAAUAUAAAAUAUCGUCUGCGAUUUGGAUAUUUUUGUUUUCUUUCACCAAAAUCAUUACGAUAUGCACAAAAGCAACGCAUCUGUGAUCUCUAGCACUAUCUGUCUUAAGUGCACGGGAAAUAAUUGACUAUUUUAAGAAAAUAUAUCAAUAAAGAUAUAGUAUUGCAGAUUUGAAUUUAUAAGUGCGGUAAAUCUAGAAAUAAUAAUGUCAGCUUCAGAAAAGGCAUUUCUGAAGUGUUUUUGUGUUUUAUUAAUUUAUUUAUUUGACUUCAUUUUCUGUGCAACAAUUAAUGAUGCUUCACAUAUUAAAGAGACUUUCAUCAUACGUUACUUUGAAGGAAGAAAGAUUGUCCCAGUAAAAGUAGAGUUAGAUGCCAAAAACCAGACCGAGCUUAUUCAAAUCUUGGACUCCAAAAAUUCAUGGAUUUCAAUAUCACUUCAUGAUUUCAUUGAAGAAAAGAAAGCUUUUAAGGACUCAAAUGGAAGCCAAUGUUUUAUUUCAAGUGCUACGGGCGAGACGAUGGAAGAUGACAGGAAAAAGUUACGGCUAUUAAAUAAUGGCAUUGUGAAAGGAUCAUACAUCCCCACAUUUUAUAUUUUGAAAGAGAUCGAUGAUAAAACUUUUAUUGAGAAGUUCGGAAAGCGGAUAGCUCGGUUUUGCAAUGGAAGUUCAUUGUCAUUGGUAUCCAGUGAUGGAAUUCCAUUAAGACGGAAGAAGAGGCAGACAGCUGUCAAUGAUGACAAAAGCAAAUUUACUCAUCAUUCAUAUGGUCAUUAUGGACAUCAGAGCAAUAAUUACGCUCAUUAUGGUCAUGACACUCGUAUCACUGGUACUAUUGAUAAAGAUGGAAACUUAAAGAAAGAUCAAACAAUGACUCAGUAUCAGGAAAGAUCUCAAAGUUCACAAACAUAUCCGUUGAGGGGAACAGGAAAUUUACCACAUGCAUCAGCCAUGAAUGGAAGAAAUACAUUCACUAACCCCUCACAAAAUCAAAACUUUAUAUCAAUGGGUGAUAACACAGGUAGGAGUAGAAGUGUAAACUCCGGCAGUGACAAUUCAGGACAAUUUUCCUUACAAACAGCACAAGAAAGUGGAUAUCAACUAAACUUGCCUUUUGGACUCAAGGCCGGAAAUGCUUAUCGUGGUGGUAUUAGUAGUAGUGGACAAUACGGGGGAACUAGAGGCAUGCCAUAUCAUUUAUCUGAACAAAAGCCUAGUCUAGUUGGUUCAGGUUUGCAAAGAUAUCCCAGUGCAUCUUCUCCAGGUUCCUUACAAGGAUCUUAUCCUGGUUUUAAUGAUAUCUCCAAAUCUCCAGAGAGUUUUCAACCAGGAGGAAUGCCAGGAAGCUCUUAUUUAAGUCCUCCAAUAUCUAGAGCGGAUCAAAGAAGUUUGUCACCUGAUACAAAUGGACGUCCUUCCCUUAAAACUGAAUCUACAUAUCCCAUUGUCCCAGGUGUAUCUGAUAUGCAACAGCAGGGGGGAAUUCCUGGACAGUUGAUGCGUUCCCAUACUGGUUUAGGUAGUUCAAGUCCACUGAAUCAAAUUAAAACUAUCACGCCAGGGGGGGAUUCGCAAAUUCAGCCUGGAAUACAGUAUCAACCUCCUUUCACAGGGUACCAAUCCGGGACGCCUAGUCACCCAAGGAUUCUACACCCACCUGGAGUUUUGCCUGAUACUACAUUAACAGGAUAUCAAUCUGCUAGAGGAUAUCAGCCAAGCUCUGUAUCAGGAUUACCGACAGGAAUAGGUCAACCGGCUUUUCCUGGAUAUUACCCGAGCUCGUUUCCGGGAACAUCAAUAACAGCAGCUCGCCCAGUCAUAUCAGGUUACCAACCCGGUUCGACUUUAACUGCGUAUCAGCCUGAUUCCUUACCACAGUCUCCCCAUUCGGGAUAUCAGCCAGCACAUUUUGCACCAGGAUAUCAAGAUCGACAAAACUCAGGUGCAAUAUCUGGACAAUAUAUGCCAAAAGCGCUAAACGGUGGAUCUCUCCAAACCGAUUCAAUACAUUCCGGUACUGAGGAAGAUGGAUUAUUAGCUCAAGGAUAUGGAAUUCCAGGAAUGCAAAUUUCUCAACCUAGAUACCCUGACAGUCGUGUUUCAACUGAUCAACGGCAAAUACUCGGUGCUGGAGUUGAUCAACAAACAUCAUCAAGAAAUGUUCCAGGAAUCAGUGCAGGCACUCCAACAAAUUUAAGAGCAUUGGAUUCUGUUCAAGGUCAACCACGUGACACACCAAGAGAUACAUUACAGGGAGGAAUGACUGCGCCUGGAAGUUUACCUUCUCAUCCUUUCUCUGUUUCAGGAAAUGGAGAGCCAGGACAGUAUUCGAGACCACAAAUUCCCGAUACUUCUAGUUAUAAUGUUCGUGAUUUCACGUCAAGGGGUGCUUCAGAUGGGUCAAGAAUUGGACAAAGUGACCUUAGAACUGGUCCUGUAGCAGAGCCAGUUAGGACAGCUCUUUCAAACAGAAAUGCUCAAGUUCAAAGAGGAGGUGAUUCUGCUUCAUCGCAAACACAGAUUCAAACAGGUGCUGAAGGAACAGCUGCUGAAGCAUCUGCUGCUGGGCAAUAUAGAGGAAUUGGCUCAAAGACCCAGGUUCAAGGUGGUUAUGCAGGAAAUGGGUCAUUUUCAGCACAAGCUCAAUCUGGAUUCACUGGAGGCAUUACUCAAAGUCAAGUACAAGGUGGGAAGCAAGGGGGUUUAUCUGGUUCUAGUUCAGCAGUAGAAAAUGUAGGAUCAGCUCAAAGUCAAGUACAAAUUGGUAGACCUAGUGGUUCAGCAAGCAGUACGGCGCAAGGUCGAUUCUCUCAGGGCAUGACUAGUGUUAGAGCGCAGAGUGGAAGGACCGGAGGAAGUGCAGGUGCAGAGUCUCAAUCAAGAGGUUUAAGCAGUAGUCAGGUGAAAGUUGAUAUUGCUGGAAAAGAGGUCACGGGAAACAGUGAUUUUCAAGGGACGGUAUCUGCUUCUGUUUUAGGAGGUAGUUCGACAGGACAAUCUCAAACGCAAUUACAAGGAGGAUACAACAGUGGAAGAACUUAUGCAGCAACCGCUCAAGGCGGAUUCGAUGCUGCAAUGGAUUACCAAGGUUCAGUGCCUAGUGCAGAAACAAGUCCAGUCAUUUUACAUCGAAAUUUAGACAGAAAUGCUAAUUUUAUGCACACUUCCCAACUACCGAGUUCAGGAGCUGUACAUAGACCAUCUAUCAAUGGGAUUGCAUCACCAUCUACAUUAAAUAGAGGAGCUGGUGUGCCGGUAUCUGUACCUAUCUCCACACCAAGACAAGUAAGUCAUGAACAAGCACAGGGAUCUAGAAAUAUACCUGGAAUUUCACAAUUGCCAGGUACAGAAUAUUUGUCGAAAAUUCCAUCAAGAAACCAAGGAUCAACUGGGAGUAGAGAUCAGGAUAUUCAUGAUCAAAGUCAAGGCAGUUUUGAUCAAAGAACGUCCGAAAUAAGAUAUCCUUCCCAAUCUCAAGGUCUUUAUCAGCCCUUACACCUUACGAGGAGCCAACCGCAAUCAAAUAUGCCACAAGCGACCAGUUAUGAAAGCCCCUCAACGGCUACUGGUUCUUUACAAACCGAUUUAACUUUAGGGCCAAUUCCUUUUGAUCAACAGCGCUCUCCUUUUUCUGGAAGCCAAACACCAACUAUGCAGCCCCAAUCUGGUUCAUUUUAUGAAACACCAAGUAAUUUACAACCCUCCCACGGUGCUAGACACCCAUACCAUUCUCCGACUGUACCACAACAAUCAGGAUAUCAUCCAAUACAACAGCCUUUAUCUGAACUAUCACCACCAACUCAAUCCAUGGGAUCUCAAGGAAGAAUUAAUGGGUUGCAACCUCCUUCAACUAUUCAUGAGGCAUUUCAACCAAGUUCUACCUUUAGAACACAACAUGGUAUUCGAGCCCCCGAUUCAUCGACUCAAUUUGGUCAACAAUAUUUUCCCCCUUACCCCACUGAAACUCAAAAUGGUGACCAGAUUUAUUCUAAAAGAGAUCAGACGGCUCCUACUGGCUCAGGGAGUUCAGAUGGUGCUUAUUCAACCAGUUACCAACAACCAUAUUUCAGACCUGGACUAAACCAACCACCUUUCCAAGUACCAAGUCAAUCAAAUGGUCUUGCACCAGGACAACAAAUACCCUCACUUACAGACCGUCAACCUACCUCCAUAGGCACACCUAACCCUGGUGGUGCACCUAUCAGUUUCCAAGAACCAGGGCAAAGACCAUUAGGACAAACUUCUUCACUUGUGCCAAGCUUCAGACCCAGUUUAACAACAGGACAACAAACAUUCCUAGAACCAGAGCAUAGAUUACCAGGACAAACUUCCUUAUUAGAGCCAAGCCUCAGACCUAGUUUAACACCAGAGCAACAUACAUUGACCGCACCUACUACAGACAGAGAUAUUUCAAGUCAGCAACGACCCAUUCAAAGACCUGGUGUUCGAGAACCGGAUUCAAGUGAGGAAGGGGGCUGCUGUGAAGCUUUGAAAAAUCUAAAAAGACGAUGUUGUGGUAAAACUACACAGAAACAGAAUGGUUCAUGUUGCUCAUCGACAAUAGAUGAUUUCACUCAGGAUUUUGAAGAUGAAGAUUUAACCGAUGAAAGUAGCAACAAGGAGCCAUGUAAAGUUGUAAAAGCAAUAUGUUACAUUGUAUACAAACCAGUUGGAAAAGCAAGAAUUUGCAAGCCAACUACGUCAAAUAACUGUUAAACGAAAGGGCCAUAGAAUGACGUUUGUUAAUUUAAUGUUUAUUUUCUCAUUAAUAUUUCUCAUCGCUUCAUUUUGUUUUGUUUUAAUAAAUAUUUGAAAUGAGGAAAA